CAGCUUCUACUGGCUUGGAAUGUUAGAGCUUUUAUUGUGAAGCCCUGACAUUCAACUUCCGGCAUGGUGUGUAUUUGUGGAGCCGAGAAGCUUUAAACGACCGAGCUGCUGUUUCCAGCCAUUAAUGAGCAUCAUCGGAACAUGAAGCGGGUCAGGGCAUGAACAUGGCCCACAACAGAAGCUUCUUCCUCCAAGCCCUGAAUAGAUCUGAGAGCAGGAGAGAUGGAGGCUUCAAGCACAGCUGGAGCUUCUCGCUUCCUGGUGACCCCGAGGCGGAAUCCCGACACCAGGCGAGCGUGGUGAGCAAGGAGGAGAUGGAGCGGCAGCAGGUGAUCCCUCCGGAGGAGAAGAAGUCUCCUUCGUUAAAGCACUACAGUUCUCCCGACCAGCUGAGGACGUACGGAAACCGAGCCAGCAGCCACAUGCGGUCCCUGACCCGGCUGACUCCCCGGAGGUUCAGUGACGUGGCGCUGCCGGUACCGACGCAGUCCUCCACCAGAACCGACCUGAACCUGAUCUUCACCUCGGCGCUUCCUCCAGGGAUCGUCCUGCAGGGCCGCCACUUCCAGCACGCCCAGGCGCCGUCGGCCGCCAGGAAGCCGGGUCAAAGAAACAACUUCUCGUCCACACAGCCGGCCGUGGAAGUGGACAGCAUCGUCCUCACCUGUCCGGAGUCUCCAGUAGGUGUUUCUGUAACGACCGGAGCUGCUGUCAGAAUGAGUCCUGGUCGUCAUGGCGACGGGUCAGCUGACCUGCCUGUUCUAACUGUUGCAGAAGAAACGUUGAGCAUCAAGCGGCGCGUCCAGCAGAGGAGGAAACCGCUGGAGGACGUCGGCUUCUCUCCACAGCUCCAGGCCCCCGAGCCGGGUCGGCCCGUCUGCCACUCCGUGUGUCUGAAGUGUCGCCAGCCCAGUGAGCUCGGCAGCAGCUGCUUGACCUGCGGCAGCAGCGAGUCUCUGGCGCCCCCCCCAGGCGCCCUGACCCAGCCCGCCCCGUCCUCCCCCACCCCGCGCCCCGCCAUCCGGUCCCAGAACCCCGCCGGACCCGUCGGGAUCCAGCAGAACUUCUACAAACCCGGCGCCGCCAUGCCGGUGCGCGUCUCGGCCAGCAGGGUGGCGCCGCUGAGCAACGGCAGGAUCCCGGUGCUAGCUGGGACGUCGGGCUGCUGCAGAGCCAAAGGGAAGCGAGCGGCAGCGGCGGCGGCGGGGCAGCAGCCGGAGCUCAACGACCCCAUCGUCCUGUCCAGCGACGAGGAGGAGGCGGAGACGGGCAGCACUGGAAGCGUGAACCGAUUGGACAACGUCUCGCCUCGACCUGCUGACUCCGCCCACUCCUCUCCGGCGCCCUCCGGAGGCCGAGUGGAGGCGGCGGUGAAGAGCGCCGCCGAGCAGGAGGAGCUGAACGCCGACUUCUUCGAGGACGUCAACACGAAGAUCACGAUCCCACGCCGAGCCCGCAUGAAGGACCAGUUUGGGAAUCAGCCUCCAGCUGAGUUGCUGACGCCGAGGAGGAAGAAGCCCAAAAUGGCACUCACCAAGUGCGACAGCAUCAUCCUGGAGUGCCGCAGCGUUCGGAUCGGCAGUCUGAGGCGGAUGGUGACAAAGCCCGUCAUCUUUUCUGUGGACAGCAUCCAGGUGGAAGCUGAAGGUGCGGAGCCCGACUCUGUGGAAGACGUUUACCUGCAGACGUCGGAGCUGAUCAGCUGCGAGUGGUGCAGCGUCCGGAAGCUUCCUGUUCUGUUUUUCCAGACGACCGCGGAUGAAUGUGUGCGCCUGCGCUCACAGCUCAACAUGUCGCAGGAGCAGGGGGGCCAGUGGUAUGACUGCACCGCAGAGCACGUAGAUGAGAAGUACAUCGUGCUGAUCUUCGAGAACGGCCUGGUGAUGAAGGAGCAGAUGAUCCUGGAGGACAUCCUGACCGUCAUCGGCCGCAACAACAGACUCAGCAGCUUCCCCACCAAGCUGACCUUCGACGAGGCCAACAUCCGCCUGGUCAACUACAACAAGGCGUCCAGCCAGAAGGUCGACAAGGCGAAGCUGGAGCAGCAGCCCCCUAAAGCACCCCCUGCUGGCGGGAUGUCGACUCGCACGCGGAUGGCGACGCGCCAGCAGAGCAGCGCGUUCUUCGAUGAAGACGAGGAAAUGACGGACCUGCAGCCGACCUUCUCUGGGCCGGUCAUGAAGCUGAUGGUGUACCCCCCGCCUCCAGCCAAAGGCGGGAUCUCCGUCACUAACGAAGACCUGCACUGCCUUAACGACGGGGAGUUCCUGAACGACGUCAUCAUCGACUUUUAUUUAAAAUAUUUAGUUUUAGAAAAAUUAAAAAAAGAAGACGCACAAAGGAUCCACGUGUUCAGCUCGUUUUUCUACAAGCGGCUGAAUCAGCGAGAGCGGCGGAGCGGCCCGGACACCGUCAGCCUGCCGAUCCAGAAGAGGAAGCACAACAGGGUGAAGACGUGGACGCGGCACGUGGAUCUGUUCCAGAAGGACUUCAUCUUUGUUCCCAUCAACGAGUCGGCCCACUGGUACCUGGCGGUCAUAUGCUUCCCGGGCCUGCACGGUCCGGUCCUGGAGAAGAAUCCCAUGUACCUGGACCCGGCCACGGCCUCCGGGUCGCCCGGCCAGCCGCAGGCGGAGGAGAACAUCCCGGACCACUGCCGGCCGCUGUCCCCGGACGGCCUGGACUGCUCGUCCGAGGAGCCGUCCCCCGCCGUCCCGGAGGAGGCCGACUGCGACCCGAACGAGGCGGGCCAGAACCCGCUGGGACCGGGCCAGAACCCGCUGACCGGACCAGAACCCGCUGGGACCGGACCAGAACCCGCUGGGACCGGACCGGGCCGAUGCCGUCUGUUGCUGUCUGCAGGUGAGCUGCACCGGAUCAGCGUCUGCUACGGCUCCGGAAACGGAGACGACGCCUACGCCUUCUCCGACGACCAGAGCUCCUGCCAGGACGAGUGCAGCGACGACGGGAACAUGGCCGACGACACCGGCGCCUCCGAGACCAGCUUGGCCUCCAAACCCGUCAUCUGCAAACAGCCGUGUAUCCUCAUCAUGGACUCCCUGCGCGGCCCGGCCCGGUCCAACGUGGUCAAGACUCUCAGAGAGUACCUGGAGGUGGAGUGGGAGGUGCGGCAAGCGUCGCAGCGGGGUUUUGGGAAGGAGGUGAUGAAGGGCUCCAGCCCCCGCGUGCCGCAGCAGGAUAACUUCAGCGACUGCGGCGUUUACGUCCUGCAGUACGUGGAGAGCUUCUUCGAGAACCCCAUCCCCAGCUUCCACCUGCCCAUGAACUUGUCUGACUGGUUCCCCCAGCAGCGGAUGAAGACAAAGCGCGAGGAGAUCAAGGAGCUCAUCCUGAAGAUCCAAGGUCAACAGGAAGUGGACAGGAAGGAGUUGGGCCGGGCCGAGGAGCCGCCCGGUUCCCCCGAGGAGGUCGAGGAAACGCCGGGAUCUGACCCCUGAUGGCCCCAUCUCCUUGGAGACGGUCCUGGAUCGCCUGCCUAUGUUAAAAACACAUCAGACUUGAAAUUUGUACCGAGUGAGACAUCACAUGUAAAUACGCUGCCUUUGUAACUUCCUGUUUAGGACUCAUCCGUGGAGCGUUAAGUUAUGGAUACAUACGCGUCUCGUCCUGCGGGAGGCGCUGUUCUGCUCUUGCAUCGUCAUUUUUUAAUCUCGCCUUGUUUAGAGGAGCCGAAGACAAUAAACAGAAGCCUGUGAGUUCAGAGCGCGCCCCCUGGUGGACAGGAGGCGCAGUAGUUAGGAGCCUGUAUCUGGAUGACACAAUAAAAACUAACUGAUGCAAGAGCAAA